AUGGCUCCAAAUUAUUACACUGAAACAAUAAAAUAUAAUGGUGUUGAGAUAUCUAUCAGACGGAGUAGACAGAUACGGAAUUUACUAAAACCCAAUUACGGAACUAUUAAUCAAAAAAAGAAACCUAUAACCAAAUAUUUUUGUGAACAGUUUCAAAAAAGAUGUGAUAAAUGUACAAAUUUGUUGAUGGAACCAGAAGAUUUCGAUGAGACAUUAUCAGAUUCCUCUCCAAAAAGUUCUUACGGCAGCGAUCAAACAUAUUAUGAAUCUGAUGCAAAAGAAUUUGUAAUACAUGAUAGGUUCAAGUAUAUACAAAAUCAAAAUAGUAUUUUGUUAGAUAAUCAACUUUAUUUUAGUGAUAAUGAAUUGAUGAUAGAUGAUUCGUCGUCAUCACAAUAUCAUGCUGCAAAAGAGACUUAUUCCUUGUUACAACAAGAAGAAGCGCAACUUCUUUCUUGGUCAAAUGCUAUCGAAUCUAUGUUUGCGA